CACAGCUUUAGAACUGGCAUUUUCUGGCAGCAAAGAAUCGAUAGAGGCAUCUGCUGUCACAGCAUUCAAAUACAUCAGCAGAGCAAGAUGGAGGAUGUGCCUAACUUGAGGUUUUGUACCGUAUGUGCGUCGAACAACAACCGUUCGAUGGAGGCGCAUAAAGUUCUCAAAGAGGCCGGAUAUCAGGUUCGGUCUUACGGUACCGGUUCAAAGGUACGAUUGCCAGGGCCCUCGAUCAAUAAGCCGAAUGUUUUCCAGUUUGGAACGCCGUACACAGAGAUUUUGAAGGUGCUCGAGUCGCAGGGAAUCCAGGUGCACAAGAAUAACGGGGUGUUAGAUAUGACGCUACGGAACAUGAAUAUCAAAAAGUCGCCAGAGCGUUGGCCGUACUUCAACCAGCCAAUGCAAAAGCUGCCCGAGGAGGAACAUCCCGGGUUCCAGGACGAGCUCGAUUUUGAGAUUGUGAUCACCUGUGAAGAGCGUUGUUUCGACAGUGUCAUUGAAGACUUUCUCGCCAGAAACUAUUUCAGCCCGAACGAGCUCGACAGAAAGGUACACGUAUUCAACGUUGAGAUUCGAGAUGACCGGGAAAAUGCACACAUCGGUGGUCAGGCGAUCCUGGAGUUGGCAAACUCGUUGAACCAGCUCUUUCUCAAGUCAAAGGGAGCGAUGGAGGGCGACAACGCCGACGAUCCAGCACACCCGGAAUAUUGGGAAGACAAUAUACCAGACUUGAUCACCCAGUGGCAACAGAAGCAUGAAAUGUUUCCUCUACUUUACAGCUUAUGCUAUCAUUAGGUUCGACUCUAACCUGCGCAGCACAGAAUAUCACAUGAAUGUGAACAAGUAUAUAGAGUUUUAACAUUGUGUAAGAAUCUACUCUUGUCUAGCCAUUUAUCGAAUAUAGUUUGUUUACAUGUAGAAUACAUAAGAAUGGAAAGUAAUGCUAGAGAUUAGGCCGUUCUG